GUCGAACCAUUGUGAGAUUGAGAAGCUUAGCUUGUGAUAAUGAAGGGAUUGAUUAUUCAGCCAAGACGGAUAAUUUUUUCUGGAUAGCUUCAGCCAAGUUAUAACUUGUUGGAGGAGCGUUUAAGUAGCUUCACCUAGAAGACCGUCACUCGACAGAUUGUCGUUGUGCCUCAUGCAGCUUCAAGCCCGCUAGACUCGAAGAUGCAAGUCCACGCGAGGAGUCACCCACAUCUCCCACCUUCGCCCUCUCGCACCCCAAGCAUUCACACUUCUUAUCAUCCUUUCCCGCUUCUUUGUUUGGAUGGUAUCACUUCCACGUGAUUGCAUCGGGCUUCUGUUUCCCAAUUAGGCGAAGAAUCUCGACCCCGCCAAAACCUACCCCAUCAUCAAUAUCAGACGAAACGAAACAGCAUCUCAACUCAUCCCUCCCAAUAAUAUGGGGAACAUGCCUCCACCUCUACUUGAAAUCGCGUGCUUCAAUGCCGAGUCUGCGCUUAUCGCCCAGGAUGCUGGAGCGGACAGGGUAGAACUUUGUAAGGAGCAAGAGCUGGGAGGAACUACACCAUCUUGGUCGACUUUUAAAUCUCUCUAUGAUGAGCUUGAGAUACCGAUUUAUGUGAUGAUCAGGCCUCACGGUCGGGAUUUCAUGUAUAGUGAUGAGGAGUGCCGAGAUAUGGAGCGAGAUCUCGAAACAUUCAAGCAGGAAGGCGCACAGGGGUUUGUUUUCGGUAUCCUGAAUGAACAGGGAACGGUGGACAAGGAGAGGUGUCGAGGUUUGGUGCUCAAAGCAGAGGGUAUCCCUUGUACGUUCCACAGGGCUUUUGACGAGAUAUCGGAAACGGAUAUGCUGAAGCAACUGGAGUUGUUAAUCGAGGUCGGCUUUAGAGCUGUGCUUACGAGUGGAGGGGGCAAGAACGCCGUCGAGGGAAAGGAGAUGCUCAAGGAGUUAGUGGCCACUGCAAAGGGAAGAAUAGAUGUGAUCGCAGGUGGAGGUGUGAGAUCUUCAAACUUGGAGAUGCUGAGGAAAGAAACAAGUGCGCCUGUCUUCCAUUCGAGUGCCAUUGUAGAUGUUGGCGGAGGCGAGAUAGCAAGUCGAGAUGAGAUCUAGCUGUUAGACCGACUUCUCGAUGAAUGACAUUCAAGAUAGCAAGAUCAAACAUAGAGCCAAAAGUAGAUGGAGACAAACGAGGGGUAUCAGAAUGCUCACUUCAUGCUCUAGUUUAUUGAUCGCCUCCACCCUCCAGCCUGACCCGUACCUCCCUGACCAAUGCUUUUGCUUCCUC